UUGUUUGGUUGCAUGCGUUUGGGCAGCAGAAAAAAAAACAGUUAUUUAUGCUUACUCACCGCACCACUAUCUUUCCCCCACACCACACCAAUCCUCUCUGCAGAGUUUGUUUCUCCUACAUUAAAUACCAAAACAAAAAAACCUUAAAAUACAAACAAACAUCCCUCUCUCUCUCUCUCUCUCUCUCUCUCUCUCUCUCUUUCUCUCUCUUGUUUUUGCUCUCUUCUAGCUACAUUGUGAAAAAAGGCACAAUCUUUGAAAUCUUUUCGCACUCAAUUCAAAUACCCAUUUGCUCCAAACUGAUUUAAUCACUCUUUUUCAACUAUUUAACAAAUGGGCUGCCGCUAAUUUUGUCGGAAUCAUCCCAAUUUUCUUGAAUUUUGAAGGGCAAAAAUUUCUGUUUUUUCUCACAAAUGGGUUGCCGUUAAAUAGCUAUCUGCUUCCUUUUUCUUUUUGUCCGAACAGCUUUUAGAUAAUAUAGUGUCUGUGUAGUGUACCAUGUAAUUGAUCUUGGGGUUUUUCUGCAUUUUCGUGCUCAUGUGUAGAAAGGUGCUUUCUUUAAUGUAAGAAAGAAAGUGUGUGUUGACUGUGAUGGAUCUGAGGUUUACUGAAGUCAACCGUUAGUUUAGUAUAAUUAAUAAUUAAUCUCUCUUGCAAUGGUAAUAAUUUGUUCAGUCCGCUAAUUUCUUGAGUUCUUGAUCAGCAAUGAAUUCAUUUCCUUAAAAAAAAAAAAAAAAAAAAAUCAUAUGCUCAUUCAAUCUCACUCUGUUCAUUGCUGACCAAUUCUUUUGUUCUUUGUAGUUAGAAACCCGGACACUAUUCUUUCCAAAUUAUUCGAAAAAAAAUGUAAUUUUUUUUUUAAAAUGUAAUUAUUGGCCUUUCGAGUCACCUUCGAAUUCGUGUUUCGACUUCCCAUUUCAUCAUUAAAAAAAUAGAAAAAAUAAAAAAAUCUGCCCUUUAUUUGGUUGAUUUUGGAUAUUAUCAUGGAGGAAACAUUCGUUCCGUUUCGCGGUAUAAAAAACGAUCUCAAAGGAAGGCUUCUUUGUUACAAACAAGAUUGGAGUGGCGGAUUACGCGCAGGUAUCAGGAUCUUGGCUCCCACCACAUACAUAUUCUUCGCAUCGGCAAUUCCCGUUAUAUCUUUCGGGGAGCAACUCGAAAGAAACACCGAUGGAACUUUAACAGCAGUGCAAACACUUGCAUCAACUGCACUUUGCGGUGUAAUACACUCGAUCAUAGGUGGACAGCCACUACUCAUACUAGGUGUAGCGGAGCCCACUGUCUUAAUGUACACUUUCAUGUUCGAUUUCGCUAAAGAUCGAAAAGAUUUGGGCCCACAGCUUUUCUUGGCCUGGACUGGAUGGGUUUGUGUGUGGACUGCCCUUUUGCUUUUCUUGCUAGCUGUACUGGGCGCGUGCUCGAUUAUCAACCGGUUUACGAGGGUUGCUGGUGAAUUGUUCGGUCUCUUAAUCGCGAUGCUCUUUAUGCAGCAGGCCAUUCGUGGACUCGUGGAGGAGUUCGGCAUUCCUCAGAGAGAAAACGUAAAGGAGGCUGAAUUCUUACCUUCGUGGAGAUUCGGAAACGGAAUGUUUGCGUUGGUUCUUUCCUUUGGCCUUCUCCUUACUGCUUUGAGUAGCCGAAAGGCUCGUUCGUGGCGUUAUGGAGCUGGAUGGCUUAGAGGAUUUAUCGCUGAUUACGGGGUCCCGUUUAUGGUGCUUGUGUGGACAGCUGUCAGUUACAUACCGGUUAACGAUGUUCCACACGGAAUUCCGCGUAGGCUUUUUAGCCCUAAUCCGUGGUCGGCCGGUGCAUACUCAAACUGGACAGUCAUUAAGGACAUGUUGAAAGUACCUCCACUUUAUAUUAUCGGAGCAUUUAUUCCCGCAACAAUGAUCGCUGUACUGUACUACUUCGAUCACAGCGUCGCUUCACAACUUGCUCAGCAGCAAGAGUUCAAUCUAAAGAAGCCCUCUUCGUACCACUACGACCUUCUUCUAUUGGGUUUUCUGGUCAUACUAUGUGGUCUAAUCGGCAUUCCUCCUUCGAACGGAGUUAUUCCACAAUCCCCGAUGCACACGAAAAGUCUCGCCACUUUGAAACAUCAGCUUUUGAGGAAUAAGCUCGUGUCGACCGCACGUGACAGCAUUCAGAAAAACGAGAACUUAUCUCAGCUCUACAGAAGCAUGCAAGACGCGUACACCGAAAUGCAGACGCCGCUUGUUCAUCAAACUUCAUCUGCUCCAGGAUUAAAGGAGCUGAAAGAUUCGACGAUUCAACGAGCCUCGAGUAGUGGAUACAUAGAUGCACCGGUCGAUGCAGCUGUUUUCGACGUGGAUAAAGAUAUAGACGAGCUUUUACCGGUUGAAGUUAAAGAACAAAGGCUUAGUAAUUUACUUCAAGCUUUAAUGGUGGGAACUUGUGUAGCUGCUAUGCCGUUGUUGAAAAAGAUUCCGACUUCAGUCCUUUGGGGAUACUUCGCUUUCAUGGCGAUCGAGAGCUUGCCCGGAAAUCAGUUUUGGGAGAGGAUUUUAUUGCUUUUUACGGCUCCGAGUCGAAGAUACAUGGUUCUAGAAGAUUAUCAUGCAACCUUUGUGGAGACGGUGCCAUUUAAGACAAUAGCGUUCUUCACGUUGUUUCAGACAUUUUACUUGCUCCUUUGUUUCGGUCUGACGUGGAUUCCGAUAGCCGGUGUUUUAUUCCCGUUGCUGAUUAUGCUUCUCGUGCCCGUGAGACAAUAUUUGCUUCCGAAAUUUUUCAAAGGAGCCCAUCUUCAAGAUUUGGAUGCUGCCGAGUACGAAGAAGCUCCUGCUAUUACUUACAACUUAACCUUUGAAGAACAAGGUAAUAACAAUCAGCCACAACCAACGAAUCUCGAUAGCGGUGAAGUGUUCGACGAAAUAAUCACGAGAAGUCGCGGCGAGAUACGACACGGUCGCAGCCCGAAAGUAACGAGUAGCUCAACUCAAUCACCGAGAGAGGAAAUGAAGUCCGUUUACAGCCCGAGAAUAUCUCGGGCGGGGCAUAGUCCUCGUUUGAACGAAAUAAGAAUGGAAGUGGGGCCGAGAUUGAGCCCGAGUCCUAGGCCGUCUGUACUAGGUCAAACUAGCCGCCGUGGUUCGUCGUCGUCUUCUUGAAUCUUGAUCCCAUGUUAUUAUUACAGUGAAUGGUGCUCGAGAGGUCUUAAUUAUGCAGAAGAUUACAGUAAAUUAUUAUAUUUUUAGUAGGUGUUUGUUUUUGUCUAACUUGUCUCGACAGUUUUUUUUUUUUUUUUUUCCUAUGUUGUUGUAAACCUUUGAUUCUCCUCUGGGCAGACGAUAUUUUGACGAUAUAAUGGAGAGAUAUUUAUUACAAAA